GGGGCGGCCGCGGCGAUGCUGCUGGUGCUGUCGGAGGAGCACCGGGCGCACCUGGGCUGUUUGCCGCGGGCGGGCGGCGCAGGCGUGGUCGAGCUGGGGCGCCUGGCGCUGGAGCAGCUGCGGCGGGGAGCGGCACCGCGGGCCUGCGAGGCCGCCGCCCGAAAGCUGAACGUUGGCGUUGACACCAUUCAUCAUGGAGUAGAGGGACUAACAUAUCUUCUUACUGAAAGCUCCAAGCUUAUGAUUUCUGAGAUUGACUUUCAAGAUUCCAUUCAUGUUCUGGGAUUCUCAGAUGAAUUGAAUAAAUCCUUGCUCCAGCUGUACCUUGACAACAGGAAGGAGAUCAGGACCAUUCUUGGAGAGCUGGCACCAAGGCUGCCCAGCUACCACAGUCUGGAGUGGAGACUGGAUGUGCAGCUUGCAAGCAGAAGUUUGAGACAACAGAUCAAGCCUGCUGUGACCAUGAAGCUACAUCUUAACCAGAAUGAAGAUCAAACUGCCCAGGUGUUGCAAACUGACCCUGCUACCCUCCUCCGCCUGAUCCAGCAACUGGAGCAGGCACUGGGGGAGAUGAAGACAAACCACUGCAGGAGAAUAGUGCGCAACAUGAAAUAGCCUCAAUUCCUGCCUGCUCUUGUACUAAGCAGUUUGUGAAACAGCUCAAAACAAAGCUCACAGAUAUGUUUUGAGGAAAAAGAAACAUCUGGAUCAGAUGAACUGCUUUCCUGUGCCAGGAUCUUGAGCCAGUAAUUACAGGCCAAAUGUCCUCGGCUGCCAGCUUUGCAAACCUGACCGGUACAAGAUAGGUAAUUGGGUUUGCUUUACUUGCAAAUGGAGGCAUUCAGCAUACUAUGCUGAGAAUUCCUUUAGUUCCUUUAGUUCUAAGUUAGUAUAGAUCUGCUUGAGCUUUCCUACUUUAGGUAGAACUGUCUCAAUAUUAUAUGAAGCUGCAUAUUUAUAAGUAAUUUUUUCUCUUUUGCUUCUCUUUUGAAAUAUUUUUUAAACCCUUACAGUGGUGGGAAUGAUACUUUGCAGGAAGAUUUCUCCCGUAUAGACUCAGGUAUGUGUAAAAGCCGAUGUGGGACUGCUGCCCUUUUCCUCCAGAGGGGGAGUGCGUCAAUGGGGGCUGGUGUGACACUGCUGCUCUGCCCUUCUCACCUAUAACCGAGCUAACCUUCGUUAGCAGAGCCUGCUGUGACCCCACAGGACAGCUGAGGCUUUCUGCAGCCAGCCCAGUGGCCUGCACUGGGUUGGCAAACUGGUUAUUUGUGAAGGUGGUCUCAAAACUUGCAAAAGCAGAGCUGUGGCUGAGAAGGCAGGUUAAGAAUAGUGUUAACCUCUGCUAACUCUGGUCUUUGUGCCCUGAUGCCAUGGUUUGCGUUCCCCUAUUCGGGUGGUGCUCAUAAAGGCAAGACCAGCUAUUGCAACCAAAAUUAUGCGAUGGUUUAUGAAGGGAGCAACAUGUGAUGGUUCCCUGUCACUUUUUUGAUAGAGCACUAAAUCCAGGUGAGCAUCCUGUCAGUGCAGCCUCUGAGUGCACAGACCAACUAAAAAUGCAACUAGUUUAGGCAUAAACAAGAUUAUUUUCUUAAAAGCAGAACCAGGCUCGGCCCUUAGCUACAUACUUCCCAACAGAUCUGUGUCCCGGUCUAUUUGCUCCUGCUCUAAAUGGUAAAGGGCACAAAGUUCGGGUUUUAUAAUCCAGAAAGGAGACAUUUUGCUACACAGUGGGUGUUUGUCUUCCAGUGAGAAUUGUUCAUAGUCUCAAGAGCUGGCUUGGGAUGUGCUUCACCUUACAUUUUCCAAAACUGGAAACGACUAAAACUACCAGUUUUCAACCACUGUAAAACAUUGUUUCCUGAAUCUGCACAUUAUUUGCUCAGCUGCUUAGCAGAGAACAAAAUGUAACCCAGUUCUUAAAACUCAGGAUGCUGUAAUUUGUGUAGUGGUGUAAUACCUUUAUAUUCUUUUAAACAUUGAAUAAACUCAAGAAGCAAUGCUUUUC